AUGGCGUGGCCAACGGCAGAACAGAGAGCCGCCACCAAAAAGGGAGCAGCCAAGAAACCCGCAACAAAACCCACCGUCUCCAAAACCAGCGUGGCGAAAGUAGUCAAACUACCCAAAGAAACCACCAAGAAGAGAAAAAACUCCAAGAUCCUACCCCUGAAAACCACAGUCGCAGAAGGAAAACCCACCUACCGCGGCGAAGCAACUCUCGGAAGCAAAAAGGUCCGCAGCUCACCUACUUCCCAGCGAAUUAGUAUCGAUGGCCUGUCCUAUGUCUUGGUUYCCGAACACGAGCACAACCCAGUGGAUACGGCGAAACGCGAUGCUUUGAUUGUGCGACUCCGCGAACUGMGGAAUGAGUUGUUUGAGGAUGGGAAUUGUGAUUUCACUCUCGCAGGGAAACAGAUUGGGAUUGCGAUUGCGUUGUUGAGGGAUGGUGGCGGGGAGGACGAAGAAGAUGCCUCAGAUGGUGAUCGCUUCGGCGGCGCGGACAAUGGCCAGUCGGACUGGGUGACCUUAUGUGAAUUGAUAACUUCAGACAGCUGUCACUGA